UACCCCACGGCGGUGACAUGACACCGCGCCACAGCACGCGUGCGUCUGGCGACAGUGGUCGACCGUCGACUUCUCAUUCCACAAAUUCAGGAUACCCCGGUCCGAUUGGACCAUACCGUUAGAUUCCGUCUUUUAGAUGCUCUACGUGCAAUACCCCCCGGCUGGAUAUACCCUGGCGUACAAAUACCCGAUCCUAUGAUCAUGCAUCGGUCGGCUCUGCGUUUUUCGGUCGAUUUUCUCAACUCUCUGCUUUAUAGUUUUGAUUCAUCUUUUAUUUUUCUUUUAGGUUCUAAGGUUUUACGGCUUUUUCUUUUUUCCUUUUUUUUUCUCUUUCAUUUCGCUCGAAGGCAGCCAGGCGAAUGCUGCAGACGAUUUUACUUGACGCUUAUAUCCACGAGUACAUCUGGACAUGAUACCAUGAGUUGCGCGAGGCGGAAUACGGCGUUGCAGAUUGGAGCGGGAGGACGCCGUCGGACGAUACCACAGAAAAGCACAGAAAAUUUGACACAGCUUGGGAAAAAAAAUACCAUAGUUGUUGCGUUUGCACUCGAUGAGGUGGCGUUGGUUCUCUUUUUUAUAGGGUUUAGCCUGCUUUGGGGGUGCCUAUCAGAUAUCCCACAUCCUUACCAUCCGGCGGACUGGAAGGGAGAAAAGGGGGUUCAGGGUUGGCUGGGAGGUAGACUGCAACACGGGCUUGGAGAAUGGACAGGCGGAUACCACUAUGGACGAUUUGAUGGCGUGGCUAACAUGCUGCGGCUGUACGAUACCACAGAGAUGAUAGGCAAUGAUACCCUCUGGUUCUGAAAAGCUUUGAUAUUUUGUUGUUGAUUCCCUAUCUCCCCCUUUUACGGUAGGGGCUGUUGACCUGUUGACAAGUACCCAGUGGAUUGUCCGUGAAUUUGACGUGAGUAAGAGAGGUUGAGUAAGAGGUAGCGUGAAGAUGACUGAGACAAACAGGAGAAAUGUCCAUCAUGGUAAAAUAUGAUUGGACAUACGCAAAUCUCUGCCU